UCCCCUUUGGCGUGCGAGGUGGGGACGGUCGGGGUGGUCCAGCGCGCCCCGCCCUUGCGCUCUAUAUAAAGGGGAGCGUGGCGGCGGCGUGCCACUUUCCAUCUCGCUCCCUCGGCGGCAACAUGGAGUCUCAGGUCAUGCGCUGCCUGCUGGUCCUGGCACUCCUCGUGUCGGUGUCUGCGCGCCCGCAGUACGCCUACGCCAACCCCGAGCCCCAGUACGUCGCCCCGCAGCAGUCCUUCGCGCCCGCCUUGGCGCCGGAACCUCAGUACGGCCCUCCGGCCCCGGUUCCAGCCCCGGUUCAGCCCGCGCCACCGCCGGCGCCCGCGCCGUACCCGCUGCCAGAGCCGGUGGCACUUCCCUCUCCUGCUGUGGACCCUGUGUACGCCCCAGCCUCGCAGUACGGCAGCCCCACUUUCAGUGCAGCGCCCGUCGCCGCCCCCAGUUUCGCUCCCGCCCCCACGCCGACGUUCAGCGCCGCCCCCGUCAUCCCCGAUCCCCAGUACGGCGCCCCGUUGGUCCAGCAGCAGUCCUUCGCGCCCGCGCCGCAACCCCAGUACGCUGCUCCGGCCCCUGUGCCCGCCCCGGCCCCAGUUCAGAGUGCUCCACCGCCUCCGGCACCCGCACCGUACCCUUUGCCUGAGCCGGUAGCUGUUUCCGCUCCUGCAGUGGACCCAGUGUUCGCUCCGGCCUCGCAGUACGGCAGCCCCUCGUUCAGCGCCGCCCCCGUGCCUGCCCCCGCGUUCAGUCCAGCAUUUAGUGCCGCCCCCACCUUCAGCGCUGCCCCGGUUGCCGCCCCCGAGUUCAAUUCAGCUCCGGCGUUUAGUGCCGCUCCUAGCUUCAGCGCCGCCCCCGUCGCAGCCCCCGAGUUCGGUUCUCCGGCGUUUAGCGCCGCCUCUAGCUUCAGUGCCGCCCCGGUCCCCGCCCCCGCAUUCAGUCCGGCACCAGCGUCCGGCCCAACCUUCAGCGUUGCCCCCGUCCCCGCCCCCGAGUUCAAUUCAGCUCCGGCGUUUAGCGCCGCUCCCAGCUUCAGCUCUGCCCCCGUCGCAGCCCCCGAGUUCAAUUCAGCAGCAGCGUUCGCUGCCGCGCCCACCCCCACGUUCAGUGCCGCCCCCGUGAUUCCGGACUCCCAGUACGGCGCGCCGCAGGUCCAGCAGCAGUCCCUGGCGCCCGCCUUCGCGCCCACGCCAGACCCCCAGUACGGUCCUCCGGCCCCGGUGCCGGCCCCAGUCCAGAGUGCUCCACCGCCCCCGGCACCUGCACCGUAUCCACUGCCCGAGCCGGUUGCACUUCUCGCCCCUGUCCCAGCCCCGCAGUACGGCAGCCCCGUCUUCAGCGCCGCCCCCGCGCCCGCCCCCCAGCAAGAGCCCCUGGUGGUGUCUCCGCCCGUGGUGGUGCCCCCACAGCAGCAGCAGACCCUGGAGCCAGCCUUCGCCGCGGCCCCUGCCGUGGCCGGCGCGCCCUUUGCCACGUACGGACCUCCCCAGUCCUUCUAGAUCGGCUGAUGCUGAACCAGGGGACAAAUAACUAGUCAUCUUCAUCAUCUCGCUCAAUCACCACCACUGUUAUUAUUACCAUUAAGCGUCAUCAGCCGAAGUGUGAAGCUCCUCGAUAUUCGUCUGAUGGUCGAAGCUUCAAGAACAACUCAUCUAAAUUAUAAGAGUCAGUGUAAAUAUGGCUUGACAAAUAAAUUUUUUAAUGAAAUUAUUUUUUAA